AAAGUUAAAAUUGCCACUCCGGAGCUUACUCACCACCGCAGUAUAUAGAGUAGAGUUUAAGCGAAAUCCCCAGUCACAGAGCAAAGAAGUGCAGAGAGAAAUGGAGACGAAGCCAAGUGAGAUCAGCAGCUCAAAGAUGUUUGGAGGGUACAACAAGAGGUACAAGCAUUUCAGUCCUACUCUCGGCUGCUCCAUGACCUUCCACAUCUAUUUCCCUCCUACUUCUACUUCUCCUUCCCACCGAUUCCCUGUACUUUACUGGCUCUCUGGCCUUACCUGCACUGAUGAGAAUUUUAUAAUUAAGUCAGGAGCUCAACGUGUUGCCUCAAGUGAGGGUGUUGCUUUGAUUGCACCUGAUACAUCUCCAAGAGGCUUAUCUAUAGAAGGAGAGGCGGAGAGCUGGGAUUUUGGUGUAGGUGCUGGUUUUUAUCUCAAUGCUACUCAAGAGAAAUGGAAGAACUGGCGUAUGUAUGAUUAUGUUGUCAAGGAGUUGCCGAAAAUUCUGAAUGAAAAUUUUCCACAGCUUGAUACAUCACGAGCUUCUAUAUCUGGUCAUUCUAUGGGUGGGCACGGUGCUUUGACAAUCUACCUGAAAAACCUGGACAAGUAUAAGUCAGUAUCUGCCUUUGCACCCAUUGUGAAUCCAACAAACUGUCCCUGGGGCCAGAAAGCUUUCUCAAAUUACCUAGGAGGCAAUAAAACUGAUUGGGAGGAAUAUGAUGCCACUUGCCUGAUUAAGAAAUUUACUGAUGUUUCAGCAACCAUUUUGAUUGAUCAGGGGGGAGAUGAUAAAUUCUUGCAUGAUCAGUUGUUGCCACACAAGUUUGAAGAGGCAUGCAGGAGUGCUAAAGUUCCACUCCUUUUGCGGUUGCAGCCCGGUUAUGAUCAUUCGUACUUUUUCAUUUCCACCUUCAUAGAUGAUCACAUCCGUCACCAUGCUCAAGCUCUUAAUCUACCAUGAAUGAUCUUGUGCUUGCUGUGAAUCCAGAACCGUAAAAUUUUUAAUGUACUUUGUCCGAACUUUGGAUCAUAUAUGCCUUUCCCAUUUGCUCCCUCAAUCUGGUUUUUCUUCGACUGAGUAAACAUGUUGAUCUUCGGAAUAUAUAUAAAUAAAAUUCCAUGAUAUGAUAUGAUAUGAUUGGUGUGUGGAA